ACUUUCGAUGCUUUCCCCUCUCUCUCUCUUUCACACAUUUAUCUCGCGGUCUUCCAAAAUUCUGCCAUUUCCCAUAAACAGCAGCAGAAGAAGGUGGAGAUAUCUAGGGUUUGGGAUCAUCCGGACUGAUCGCGAGGCCGAUUCCCUGACCAGGAUCGCCGUUGGAUCCACCGUCGUCCAGCCUCUAUGUCCAUGUCCAAGAGAAUCCGAUGUAAGUACUAUGCUAACGGAAGUUGUUACAAAGGGGAGAAUUGUGACUUUUUACAUGAGAGGAAAGCUCCAUCUCGCAAUGUAUGCAGUUACUAUCAGAAAGGGACAUGUACUUAUGGAAGUCGAUGCAGAUUUGAACAUGUGAAAUCUACUGGAUCGUGGCAUCCUGCAUCAUCUUCAUCAGCUUCUUUCCAGUCUAAGGAUGCAGAUGCUGCUCCUUCCCAUGACUUAUUUUCUAAGAAUACGUCUGGUGGGGUCAAUGUAAACUACUGUGUUCUAGGGGAUUCGUCCUCUAAGAAGACGUCUGUCCCUUGUCGACUGUGGCAUGGUGCAUCAUCCUCAUCAGCUGCUCUGCAGACUAAGGUUUCGGGUUCCGUCCCCCAGCCAUUAUCCACUAAAAGUGCAUUGGGUAGGCUCAAUUUGAGCUCUGCACAGGUUUCAGCUUCGAAAAGACCAUUGGGUUCUGAACGCUGUGAUUACAUUGAUGGUGGUGACCUUGCAGAUACUAAGGCUGAAAGGCCAGGAAAUUGUUCUAUUUGUUCUCUUGCGGCUGAGGGAAAUUGUCCUAAUGGAGAAAAUUGCCCUUAUAUCCAUGGAGAUUUAUGUUCUACUUGCGGAAAGCACUGCCUUCAUCCUUCUAGUCCUCAGGAAAGAGACGAACAUGCCAAGGCCUGUGAGGAAAAGCAAAAGCAGCUUGAGGCAAUGAAACUUAGUGAAGAAAUAGAAUGCAGUAUUUGCUUUGACCGCAUUCUUUCGAAGCCUCCUGCUGAAAGAAAGUUUGGCAUAUUAUCAGAAUGCGACCAUCCAUUCUGUAUAACGUGCAUUAGGAAUUGGCGCAGAAGCUCUCCAGCAUCUGGAAUGGAUGUAAAUAGUGCAUCCAGGUCUUGUCCAAUAUGUCGCAAGCUUUCGUAUUUUGUUGUUCCUAGUGACAUUUGGUACACCACGAAAGAAGAAAAGGAGAGAAUUAUCAGCAACUACAAGGCGAGAUUAAAGUUAAUUGAUUGUAAGCACUUCAAUUUUGGGAAUGGAAACUGUCCAUUCGGCAGCAGUUGUUUCUACAAGCACACCGUAAAGCCUGGAUCCUACACAUGGAUCCACCACAGGCCACCACCUCCACGCAGACGCAAUCGUGUGAACAUGAGCUCAAUGUUUGAUGCCUUCGAGCAGCUGUGGAGCCUCGAUGACCUGAUAGGAGGUGGGGAAUACGAUGAUGAAGAUGACAUGGACUACUACGACCUUAAUUAUCUGAUAGACCCUGUGGAUUUUGGGUUUGACAGCAAUGAUCUGUCAGAUUUGUCGCGAGUGGAGAUGGCCUUGUUGCUGCACCAGCUUGGUCUUGAUCAUAGCGAUCCUUCGAGCGAUGAGGAGUAGGGAUCUUCGAUCUUUUCUUAUUCUUUACCCCCUUUUUUGAUAUCUGCCUUUUAUUUUGAGAUCUUGCCCAUCUCGAAAGAAGUUCUCGUUGUAUUUCAUUUUCUUGGGGAAUGAAAACGAGGGAAACUCAAAUAUAUGGGGCUGCUCAAAGGGUGGUUUCUGCCUUUUUUGUGUGUGUGUGUGUGUGUCUAUAAGCACCCGUCCCGUGGUCCCUCCUGGGGUGAGGUUAUAAGCUAAAUGGUGCGAUAACUUUAUAAAUCUGCAUCUGAGCUCGAUUUGAUAGUGUUUGGAGUUUUGUUCAAAGCAAUGACGGGUUUGUUCAUUUCAGUAUACGAUUAAGGUUCAAAGAUGCUGUAGAAUUAUUAUAUGAAAUUCUUCUUUUUUGAA